AUGGAUAUUGCCCCGGCGGACAAGCGCCGGAUUUUCAUGGCCUACAGAUCCGUUUUCUCAUCUACCACUGCGCAGCUCCGAAAGCGAAAGAAAAUCAAGCAGGUGGUUCUCAAGCAUGGAGGGCGAUCGCAGGACUUAGUCAAGGAACUGGGCCUUGAGAAGGUUGUCUUCAUAUUGACCCAUCUACUGGAGAGGCAUUUGUUUGAGUCUGAGUUGAAAGCCAAAGUCGAGUUCCCUGAGCUCUAUGACGCAGAAUCAUCCAGAAGCAUUCGGAGAGCUGCCUCGGAGGACGUGGCAGCCCGUUCAGAGAGCGAGGCACUCGACGCCAUCGACGCCGAGAUACACGACGCUGAAAACACGACUGCUGGGCCGUCAUCAAAGCAGUGCAUGCUUCCAGCGCCACCCCAAGAUUCCUUGGAUACGUCACAUGGAAACGCGAAUGCGUCGGCCGACGAUGACCCCGAUCUCACUCUUUAUCCGUCUUACGUGCCCUACAAAGCACAGCAUCUCAUCCUUACGACAGCUCAACGUGUUUUGGAAGAAUGUUGCUUUGACUUCGCAAAGAUGUGGUUGUCAGACGUGUUAAUCAGCCAAGGAUGGGACUGUUCGGAGGCUGCAGAGCUGACAGAAUGGCUCACUAUACUGAACAAUCGUUGUGACAAGAUACCAGCCUACGCAUUCGCCGUUCAAGGUACUACGAUAAAGGGCAUCAUCGCUUCAACCAGGCGAUUGCGUCACACGGCCGUUCAUCGCCUACCAAUGACCGCCCGAGGGGUCUGUCAGCUCGUACAGAAUGGAGCAAAGCUCUCGGAAGCCUUGCGCGAUCCACUACGUACAGCGCAGCUAGAGGCCGUUGCGCAGAUGCUUGGGUCACUGACUCGGGAUAUGGAGUUGCACAAGAACUUCUUGGAGAACUCCCUAGAUAUAAACCUCAAGACGAUUCGGCAGCAGCGGGAAGAGUUGGACCAACGCGAAGCGACCCUCAUAGCCAUGACGAAGAAGGAGGAUGCUGAGAAGAAGAAGUCGGUGGGCUCACUAAUUGAGGACUCGGUACGCAGGAUUAUGCAUGGGAAAUCUGAUCUUUCGCAUCCCCGUGAGGAGGAAUUGGGCUCCUUCGACGAGAUCAGCAGUGCUGGAGAAACCUGA